UUUACCAAGCCGAACGGCCCAUUGGUUUUACUUCGCUCUUAAGUUGCCGUGUUUCUUCUCCUCGUCGACUAACAAAAGGAAUUUUGAAGCUAAACAAAAUUUCCAGGAAAAUUCACUACAUUUCAUUUAAGGGAAACCAAACAUAGCCGAUUCCGACCACCAUGUGGGUGCAGAUUCUUUGCGGUCUCGUAAUUUACAAACUGUUCAAGCGAAUUUUCUGCGGUGACGAUGUUUUGGACAUCGAAACCUCCGAUUCUAUUGCGAUUUUCUCGGUUGCAAAUAGAUUAGAGAAGCUUUAUGGAGGUAAGGCACACGUGGGGCUCCGAAUUCCGGAUCCGGAUACGGGUUCGAGACAGAAUAUAGAUAUUGUUCUUGUUACUAAGGGGGAGGCCGUGGUGGUUUCUGUGAAGAAUUUUUCGGGAUUUGUAUCAAUCAAUGGAGAUGGCAGCUGGGUUUGUGAAGGCCAGCAUGGCCACAGAGCACAGCAUUAUCCUGACCCUGUGGAGGAAGUUAAAAAACAAGCUUCAGUUCUUGAAUCAUAUCUUGAACAAAGGGGAGUCGCCUUGCCAGAAGGAUAUUUCUCUUACAAAGUGAUACUUCCCAAUCCAAAAUUUUGCUCCAUUUAUUCAGGCAAUUUUCCGCCCGAGGUCAUUACCUUUGAGCAGUGGACACUAUUGAAACCAGAACAAAAAAAUAUGCUAUCUGGCUGGAUUAAGGGUGCCUUUAGUGGUGGAAAAAAAGAGAUGCAGGAAUCUAUUAAUCAGCAACUCAAUUUCAUUCUUGGCACAGCUCCAAUCUGGGACAGGUUGGAAAUUAAAGGUAAUAAAUAUGUCCUAGGGGAAUUUCUCGAAUUUAAAGGGAAACAAGAAGAUACACAGGCUUUGAGAUCUGUCAAAAGAUCGAAAGUGAGUCGUCUAGUCAUCCAAAAGACAAGUAUGUUUGGAUUAGCUCCUUCACGCCUCCAAGUUUUGUACUGUCCUCGUGACUACCGAAGUGAAGGCAUGUCAACUUCUGAGUGGAAGGAAGUAACUGUGAGAUCAAGUACUGAAGUUAUAUUUCAACCACAAGAUUCUAGCAAAGUCCGGAAAUUCAAGCUCUCUUCGAUUCUCUCGAUGCAACUGAGUGCCUGAAGAUGUUUUUUUCUUGAGUUUGAAAUCUAUAUUGUUUACCGUUUUGUGCACUUGAACCUUAAUCCUUUUCGGUACAAUCUAAGAUAUCUUGUAAAUAUUUAUCUGGGAGACAGAAUGAAAAUUUAUUUAAUGUCAUUUGAAGAAAAGUUAACAUGAA